UUUCGCGCGUGUCUGACAUGGAAAGCUCAACUUCGCCAGACACAUAUAUUAUUUAUGUACUACUGUAGUAGUGGCUUCAUCCAGUACAGCAUAAUUGUUUAAUUGACCUUAAGUCAUUCACUAUCUAAUUAGGCGGGUUCGAUGAAAAUGAUGUUGACCAUUGUGCCGUGACCUUGACGUCUAUUUCAGUUGAUUUGCGAGGACUUUUUGCGGCUUGCAAAUAAUGCUUUGAUUAGCAAAUUUUUUCUAAAAAAUAGUUAGUCCAAUUUAUAUUGGCUUUUUGUUUAGCCUUUAAACCAGAAGAUUCACUUAACUGAGUAAAAUUUGGUAAAAGUCAGAAAUCAUGUCUGGUACUCAAAUUAAGACGAAUGAACCACAAUAUGAAAAUUGGUUGGGUGCUCAUUCAUCAAAGAACGAUAAACAUAAUCCGUCUGUUAAAACGUCGUUUCCAGAUGUUAAUUUUCCACGUGGUUUACAGCUGUCUGCUCGACGUGGACCUGAAGUUGAGUUAUACGAUGUGGCUGGCGUUCAUUUACUGUGUCCACCGGAUUCGCAAUCCAACAAUCGGGGUAGUGGACAUAUCUGGUCUAAAUUGUGUCGAUUGAAAUCAUAUUUUAAUUUUAAAGGAAGAAAUACUUUGUCACCAACAGAUGACUCGCCAACUAUUUUGUCAAAUAAAAGUACGAACUUUAACUCAAAUGCAUUUAAUGAAUUCAGUCCCAGCCAUUUGCCCACUAAAGCGACACAAUACCCAUCGUCAUCAAAUAAUAAUCAGACAAAAAUACAAACACAUGGUGGUUUGUUAUCCUCAUCAUAUUCAUCUUCAAGCUGUCAUCUUGUCAAACAACAAACACAUAUUUCUAAUAUGAUUGGUCGGUUAUUCAACUGGUUCACUCUAAACUCGUCUAAUCAUGAUCUUGAUCAUUAUAACCAACCUUAUCUGUCACCAAAAGUUUAUCGGUACUAUAGGAAUUACUUCAUUUUAAAAUACCGCCAAGCUGAAAUCAAUGUAUUCAUUUUUCUUAAUUUAAUUGUUUGCAUUUUCUUUAUGUUGACCCUAUCACUGUAUGCAAGUGACUCAUCUUCAAAUUCCUUUGAUUUACCGACCGACCGCAAUGGUGGCGACAAUACACCAACUCUCCAACACUCAUAUAUCCUUCCUAAUUUGCAUUUAACCCAUCCAAAUUUAAUACGUCUAAUCCUACUAACUAGUUCAUCAGUCUUGCUUCUGCUCAGUAGCUUUUUUGCUAACUUGCCUUGCAUUUCGUCGAAUCUACAAACUGAAAAUUCACUGUCAAGUAAAUCUUCGUGGAAAACAAAGGUAGCCGGCAAAUCUGUAUAUAACAAGAAAAGUAAUAAUAACAGUGACAAUACUAUUGACUCUGGAGGUCAAAAUAAGUCACAUGAGUGUGAUACACAAGAGAUAGUGAAUUUGAUAUUGGCCCAAAAAUUACGUAGAAAUCUUCUCUGGGCAUAUGGACUAAGUUAUGUGGCAUGUAUACUUAUUAUUUUGGCUAAUUUACCCUGGUUCAAAUCUUAUCAAAUCUCAUCAAAUUCAUAUACAAAUCAUCCAUUUGUUCAACAGUUUAAUUGUAAUUCUUCUGUGGCAUACAAAAAGAACAAUUCCAUUGGCUAUAUGAAUCAAAUCACUAUUGUUCAUCAUCCUCAAAGUAAUAGUGAUAAUAAUCCUGGGAACUUUGAAUACACAAAGCAUAUGUCUGAUAAUCUUUGGUCGUUAAUUUUCAGUAUCAUCCUGAUAUUGAGUUUUUUUGAUAUUGACAGUAUAUGGCCAAAACAUUUACGAUAUAGUCUUACUUUAUCUGUGUCAUUAUUGUAUUUCAUAUUAACUAAUGUCAAUUACGCUUUGACACAUUUUGAAACACUCAAGUUACCGAAUAUAUUUGAGAACAAUACAUUUCUAUUAAAUACAUCGUUGACUACAACAACAUUAUGUCCUGGAUGGAUUCAGAAGGCUACCUUUAUCCAACCCGUUUCAUGGUGGACUGAUCAUAAAGGGAUAUUAUGGAGAAGUAAUAUAGCUACACUGUGUGCAAUAUUUUGUGCACAUUUAAUUGGUCAAGCAGUUGCAAUCUGGACAAGUCGACAUCGUUAUCGUCUGUUUCUAACAGCUGGUUAUGCACAAGCUGUUCUGUACAGAUUACAAAUGACUGAGUCAAAAUUGCAUCGAUUAGCCGGGUGUUUAGUACCAGCACCACUGGCUGAGGAUUUAGUGAGUGAUUUUGUCAAUGGGCACUUAAGCUGGAGCUCACCGCUUGUUAUCUAUCUACGUAAUGUGACUUUUCUCAGUGCUGAAUUAAUUGGUUUAUCAAAUUUAAGUGCAACUUUAUCGUCAUUAUCAAAAUCGACAGACACAAAUUAUGAAUUGAUAUGUCAACAAUUUGUUUCUUUCAUCAAUGAUAUAUUCACUUGUUUUGAUCAUUUGGCUCAGUCGGAAUCAUGUUAUCGUGUGCGAUUGAAUGCUAAUGAAUAUUUAUGUAUUGCUGGUUAUCCAGAGACACGUGUGGAUCAUGCAAGAUCAUGUAUUGAUUUAGGAUUGAAUAUGCUGAAGAUUAUCAGAGAGAUCAAUGAAAUUUCUCAUGUUCGAUUGGAAUUACGUGUUAGUGUGCAUACUGGUACUGCUUAUGCUAUUGUGCUUGGUCGUAGUCGGUUAGGCUUCGAUUUAAUCGGUGAUGAUGUCAGUUAUGUAAGCCGACUAAAAUACUCUGCCUAUCGUCCAGGUCGAGUGCUUACCUCACGAUCUACUUUCAGUCAGUUGCCAGAAGGUUUUCGUGGUGAAGCUGGUCCAGUGUUAGGUUAUCCAAAUCCAGUCAUUAUACAGUCAAAUGAGUCUGUUAAGUCUAAUAAUCCUGCUACUCACCACCAACAGCCAACAGCUAUGGAAACAUACUUUGUACAACCUCGACAAGAGUCUUCCAAUACUAAUCAGUUGCAUCCAGUUGAUUUAAACGAAUCACAUCCAUCAAAUGAAUGGCCCUUUUUAGUAAAUCUUGACUGCAAUCUAGCCAGUACUGUAGUCAUACGUUUAGCAUCAGCUGCUGCUGUCAUAUGUAGAAAUAUGAAUCGUAAUACUUUAACAGUAGAUAACAAUAUUACUACUGCUUCUUCUAAUACUACUAAUAACCACAAUAGUAUUAUUGGUCAUGCUAGUGAGAACAAUAGUGAUAAUAUAUUACUUGAAUUACCCUUACAUUUCUUAUUUCACACUAAAUCUGAUCGUUAUCAUACCUGUCAUCAACAUCAUUUGCAACGGAAAUAUAUCGAUGAAGAUGAAGAGUUGAAAGCGAUUAAAGUUAAUUUAUUACAGAUUUUAACGAAUCAAGAAUUUAAUUCAUUAGACUAUUGUGAUCAUGAAUACAAUGAAGUUCUGUGUAAUAGCACUACUAAUGCUUCUGAUAGUAAUAAUAAUAAUAAUAAUAACAAUCAUACAAAUAGCACUGAUCUCCCUGUUAAUGCACCUGUCACCACGGUUUCUAACCAUCAUCAUCGUCAUCGGCAGCCUUCUUCUUCUACUUCGACUUGUGAGUUGUUGGCAGUAACUGCCGUUAAUUUGGCAAAAUCAUUGAAUGAUGCAAAUCAGCAAGAUGACAAUAAUACUAUUGGCUGCUCUGAUAAAUUUGUCCCGUGUAAACGAAGAGUUGGUAAAUUAAGGAAAAAUUGUCCUUCAUUGGUUAUUGAUCCGCCGGUGAGUAAUUCGGACAGGAACGGUGAUCUAACUUCAAGUUUCGGUGUAGUGAAUUUAAUGGGUGUAAGUCUAGUAACGGCUACAACAACUUCAGCAGUUGGUACACCAUUCCAGUCAUGUUUCGCGGAUACUGUAACACAGCCACAUGCAAAUACAAUUUCAGAUAGUAAUAAUAAUAGUGGUGAAAAUCAGAUCGGAUUAUUACAUAAUCUAAAACCAAUGAUAAAUAGACUAUCAAUAUUAAGGACUGCACCAUUGGAUGAAAAGCCACCGUGUUGGUUAACUCUGAAACAGUCUACUUCUUCUCACCAAUUAGAUACAUCACCUUCUUUUGGCUGCUAUCAUCUGCUAAAUUGUUUCAAACGUAGUUUACUACGUAAAGUAUCUUAUACAAGUCUAUCUGUACAUGAUAAUAAUGAUGAAAAAGGAAAUGAUUCUGAUGGAAAGCAAUUGGCUCAUCGAAGCACCCUAUCAUCAAAUCUUUUCAAUCAUUUAGGUUGUUGUCAGUCAGACAGUAGUCAUAAUAAUAAUGAUACUAAUCAUGAUGAUCAUGAAGGCUUAUUAGCCCAAACACCUGUUCAAAAUCAAUCACUUCAUGUAUUGUACUUUUCAACAAUUAUGUUUAUACCAAUUUUAAUAAUUUUGGGUUUUAUGCAUUUACUUGUUAUGCCAAGGUCCGUCAUACUGCUUAUCUCGUAUUCAGUUGCUACAAUUUAUAUAACCUUAAAAUUAAUGGUCAUAGGAUGCUGCAAACGAUUUAAAAGAAGCAUUUCACCAUGUACUUCGCCAAGCAUAUGUCGAUUAUUUUUAUGGCUAAGUGUGAUUGUAGCCACUGUCACUACAUCAUUGAAUAUGUUCUUGUGUAGUCCAAUAGAUGAAGUGAAUUUGAUCAGUAGUAAUAAUAACAACAAUCUCGAUACACAUCAACGCCAUCCAUCUGAAGUGGCGUUCUAUAGACAAGGCAAAAAUUUGACCACAUCUACUGUAUUAAUAGUGGAUUACACUUUGAAAGAGGACUACAUUUUAACUUCUUCAGUCUCUGGUUGGAGUGUCAAAAACAGCAACAGUGGGCAUUAUUGUUUCUUCUACGAUCAAUUUAUAAUUAUCGGUAGUAUAUCUAUGCUUAUCUCAGGUAUAUUCUCUUCUGCUGCUUUAUAUGCAACAAAUUGCAAAGUCAAACUAACUAUCCUACAACAAUCUGUACAAAUAAUUGAUGGUAUAAUAGAAUUUAUAGUUACACCACAGUUGACACGUGUGUUCAUUGGUUUGCUAAUAUUUCUACUGCAUAUUAUUAUCAUUCUAUGGACUACGCAUUACAAUGGAUUCUUUAGUGUAUUACUGCAAAGUAAAUAUCAAAAAAGGUAUGAUAAUAUCACUUCAUCGAAACUCUUUUCACCAUCGACAAUAAUAUUUCAACCAAGUCUGUUUAUUCCAAAUUUUGUUCAAUGCUUAUUUGCUCAAUUCGCUUUUCUCCUACUUGCUGUUCUAUUGCCUCGAAGUUUAGAAUAUCAGUGCAGAUUAAUUAAACAAUGGAGAUUGAAAACUCAAUUAGCCGUGGAGAAGUUAAACUUGACAACUGUAGCUCUGGCGCGUUUACUAGUUUCAAUUGUACCACGUUUUGUGAUUGCUAGUCUGGCGAAUCCCGAGAGAACAAUGGAAAUAUAUAGUAAACCACAACAUAAUAUCGGUAUAGUGUUAAUACAAUUUGUUGUCAUACCAUCACACUCUUCAUCGACUACACUGAUGCAGAUACAGAAGGAACAGCAACAGAAACAAGCAGCUGACUGUACAAAUACUACUCCUAUUGCUACUACCACUGCCAAUACAACCGCAGGAAUAACAGCGGAUAAACCAAAUGAUGAGAAAUCGAAGUCGAAGUUAACGUUGGGGAAUGAAGAACCAACACAGAUUGCUGAUCGCAUACGCCUGUUAAAUCAUGUUAUACAUCUAGUCGAUUCAAUUGCACUUGGUCAACAGUCAACAGUGUCAGAUAUUUCAGAAAAUUCUAAUAAUAUUCACGAACAAUCCUGUAAAGAUCAUGCAUUAGAGAAAAACGAUAACAGUAACAAUGAAGUAUUUUCAUCUUUGUCAUCAUCAGCAACAUCAUCGUCAGUAUCCGUAUCUAAAUUGAAUUUACUGAAAAUUUAUUCUGGUGGAGUUAUGGUUGGUUAUGCAGCUGGUGUCAGAGCACUUGGGAAUUCUGAUUCUCAAGUCAUUCAGUCUGCAGCUACACAAUGGACAUGCUUGAUAAAAUUUAUUGAACAAGUGAUUAUUGUUUGCGAUCAGUUGAAUAAAAAGUCGAAUUGCCAGUCAUCCACUUCAACGUCAUCUUCAUCAUCAAAUGGUCAGAUUUAUGUUCAAGCUGCUCUUCAUUUUGGAUCAUGUAUACUUGGUUUUGUAUCCAGUCAACAUCCCGUAUUCACUUUAUGGGGAGAGCCAUUAGAAAUAUGUCGUCAAUUGUUAUCUAAACACCAAUUAACUCAUUUAAAUUCACAGCAUUUUAUUCUAGCCACAGAUGAAUUGAUUAGUUUACUUCCAUUGAAUCUUUUGAAUUCUUCUACUUUAAUUGGUGCAACUUCUCCGCCUUUGCCGCCGUCAUCAUCUUGCUCUUCAAAUGGUGUCAGUAGUAAUCUAUUGAAUCAACAUUUAUUCACAUGGUGUACUGUAGAUCCUACUGUUGGAAAGAUUAUACCAUCUGUACAACUUCAACGUUCACCAUCAUCGUCAUUUUUGAAGACAAGAGAUGGACAACCACCUUUUAUUGAUCGUUUACUUCAUUUCUGUACGGUUCGUUCGAACAACAACAGCAAUAAUACUACCACUACCAAUACAUGUAAUAACAGUAGUAAUAGUAAUACUAACAAUGGCAACAGAAAUGUUUUUAACGUCUGUCAGUCAGAAUUAGCCAAUACCAAAUCAGAUAAACUUGUUUCUUCUAUGCUCAAUACUUGUUGUUUGUCAACUCCUAUACUGGUAUCUAACAUUUCUAGUGCUCAUGGAAUACGAAUGCCGAUACAACAACAAGUUGACAAUGGUCAAAAGGAAAAUCACCCGCUCGAUUCAAAUAAUUUCAAUGUUAUCAAUUACCAUCCUUUGAAUAACAACACCAUCUCAUCUCCUCCACCUAUCUUCGUGACUAAUAUUCCUAAUAAUGACAAAAGAAUAUCAACCACGAUCAAUGCAAUCAAUCAUUGCACAUCUAAUCCUCCAGUUAACUCUAAUGAAGCGAUAAUGUCACCGACAACUGAUCGACAGUUAGUGGAUGGUGAUGCUUUUCAGUCGUCUACUAAUCAUUGUCAGCAGCAAAAACGUAAAAGUCAACCAUUUUUAAAUGCCACAAAUAUUUCAUUGAAUUUAUCAGCUGUUCGAUUCCCUCAUCCCCAAGACCAAUCUUUGCCUGCUACUCUAUCGCAACCACCACCGCCUCCACCUCAUCAACGAUUUUACCCUUCUAAUACUAUGCAUUUAGAUCCUACAAUUCAUUCUCAAGCUCAUGUUAAUUGUGUACCAUCAGGAUCAAUACUUGUUCCAUACACUGUUGUAUCAACAGUGACUGAUUGUACCACUACUAAUAAUAAUAAAUGUAAUGUUUCAUCGCAUAUUUUGAAUGGUUCUCAACAGAAGGAUGGAUUCCCAUCACCGAGUGUUAUUCAAAAACUGUCUACAUCCAACAUCUUACACACUACAACAUCUAUAAGCCAUGAAAAUUGUCAAAGUCCGACAUCUUAUCAAACUUCACCAGCACCACAGCAUGUACAUUCUGUCUCAGAUAAAGUAAAUUCACGAAAUGCUAAUCAAGGCUUUAAGCCACCUGUUAGACCUAACAGUUAUUGGCCAGUACCAGAUGAGAUAUCAGUCGAUAAAUUGCAAACUAAUCAUGAUAAUGAUUCUCGUAAAGAGAAAUUGAAUAGACCUAUCUCUGCUGGCAUAGUUAAACGAUACGAUGGAAUGAUAUUAAAUAUUUUUGGUAAUACAACUGAACAAUUGUCAUCAACAUCUAUUAGUACGAAUAAUUGUCCUCGACCGACAUCACUUUCAUCGAUUGACUCAUUUUUAAUUGCCGAACGUGCGUGUGCUGCUUAUGCUGCAUCUGGUGGUGAUAUUGACGAGAAAAAUAUUCAUGAGGAUAAGGUGAUGAGUAUUCCAACUAAUAAAAGUGAUAUAAUGGUGGCAAUGAAAACCAACAAAACUGCUGCUACCAGUACUACUACUACUGAUAAGAAUAAUAGUAGUCAGUCCAUUAUUCAUGAUUGGGAUCACGUUAAAAAUGCAAUUAAUCAGCUCUCAUCUAAUCAAAAUAAUAAUAAUAAUAAUCUUAGUGAUUUCUUUGGUAAAGACGAAGUUGCAGAUGAUGAUGAUGAUGUAAUAAACGGUGAUGGUGCUAGUCAUCAUAAUCCUUUGUAUACUGAUAAUGAAUAUGAAUCAAUGGCGGAAAGUCAAGGUAAUCUUUUAGACACUGUCGAUCAUUCACCUCCACUCUCUGAUAAUAAUAAUAAUAAUAAAUCUAUCAAAUGUAAUAAACAUCAUAGAAAUUCUCGUCCCGUAUUAUUCGCUACAGUAUCACAAAUAGAUCCUCGGGAUAGAUUUGUAUGUCAAUCAUCAUCAUCGUCAAUAGUUACACCCGAGAAAAUGGAAAAUGCACACCAGGAUGAUAUUCAUUUCCAAGUACAAGAUAGUAAUAAUAAUGCAAAUGGAUCUUAUUCGUCGUCAAAUAAUCCAAUAACAACACCAACAACAACAGGAGUGUCGACGAAUGGUAUGGUUCAUCAUGAGUUCAUAGGGAAUACUGAUCAGUCUAUAAAUAGUAAUGUGCAUUUUAAGAAUGCUAGUCAACCUAUUCAAAGCAAUACAUUUGAUUUCCCGGAUUAUCAACGUCCAUCAAGUCCAGGUGGUGGAGGAUAUCUGCACGAAAAGUUGAUUACUCCUCAUCAGACUAGUAAAGAUCUAUCAUUGUCGUAUACAAAAACGGAUCGCGUUGUAAAUCAACAACAUCAGAUGAAUUCAGUGAAUACUUCACCUACUUUUACAUCUUCAUCAACCGGCGGGAGAAAUGACCAUCAUCAUCAUCGUCAUCGUGCAUUUCAUGGAAUGAUGGUGACGACAACAACGGCGACGACAAUGGCUGUCGUAACGACUUUCAGUGAAAGAUCAACACACUCUUCAGGAUCGAAUUCCCUCUGUCUUCCAUUAGAGGUGAAUCGUUCUUCUGUAGUAAUGCAACCACAACAAUGUACAGAUCAUAUAAUUAUUCGAAAUGUUUGUCAAUCUGGCAAAGUACAACAAAUUGCAAAAAGCCAUUUCAUCAUGAAUGAGCCAAUUGAACAACGAUAUGAUAUUCCAUAUAUACCGCAUGAACACUCUAAAUUGAAUUCGUCAACAAGAGAACCAGAAGGUUCAGAUGUUGAAUAUAUGGGUACAGCAUCACUUGGACCAUUGAGUAUGGCUGUAUUAACUUCAAUGACAGAAGAUGGUUUAACAAGCUGUGAUGGUGAUGAAAUUAUGGAAGACGAUGAUAAUGAUGGUAAUGACGAAUGUGUUGAUCUCAUGGAUGGUAAAAAUCCUGUAUUACAAAAUCAAAAUCUUUCGAAUAAACUACACAAUACGCCAAUCAAUGAAUACUCUUCUGCUUCACAGUGGUUUCCAUCAUCAACAUCAGGUGGAAAAGUUGAAAAGGAAUUAAAUAAUAAUAAUAAUGCUGAUGAUAAUAAUAGUCGAAGUAGUAGUAGUAAUGGCAUAAUUCAUGGAAUGAUGACUGAUAGCCUGUUAGCUAAUCCAGAUUUAGAUGAGAGGGAUUCAGAAUUGGGUGAAGAUUUUGGCUAUACAUCUGAAUACAUAGAAUCGUCCAGAAAUUCUCAGUUACAUCAUCAUCAUCAUAGUCAACGUACUACUACUAAUGAUGAUGAUGGCAUGCGAUACGUCAAUCAAAAUCAAAUGAUAAUGAAUUAUCGAGUUGAGUCAAAUAACAGUAAUAAUAAUAAUAAUAAUAACUUUCGGCAAAAUCAUAUUCCUUCAAAACUGAAUAUAAUGACUACUAACAACGAUAAUAGUAGUAGUGAUAAUAGUAAACUACAUCAGCAGCACAAUACACAUAUGUUAUUAGAAGCGGCUUUAUUGUCAACAUCUACAACACCAUUGUCACAACUGGGUAUCAUCGAUAGUAGUUCAAAUGAAAAUUAUUCAAAUAAUAUUAUUCAUAAAAACAUGAAUACUAAUAAUAUUAACCCACAACUAAUCAAUAUUUCAUCAUCAUCUAUUGAUUUAGAUGAUUUAGGCAAUGAUGAAGAGUUAUUUAUGUAUCACAAAAAUGUUGGACUUAUUGGAUUUGAUUAUACGAUUCAUAAUCCGUCAAAUAACACUGAACCAGCCUAUAUGUCAAAUAUUGUUCCUCAUCAAUCUAAAAUGAAUAUCAAUCAAGAACAAAUUGAAGUAGUGAUGAAUAGAACUGGUCAUCAUCAUCCUUCUGAAGUGCAUAACGAUAAUAUUGAUUCUUGCCUUUUACAACAACAACAAAAACAAAAUCAUUCAUUACAACAUACUACUACUACUACUACUACUACUAAUAUACGACCAUCGUUACCAGAGAUAGCACCAGUUAGUCUACCGAAUUUCUCAUAUCCGCAAACAUCACUUAUCACAGUGCCCUGGUAUUCAUCCUUUGGCAAUAACACCAACAACAACGGUAAUAAACAUAAUAGUAAUAACAAUCAUAAUUUAUCUAUACCAAAUUCAUCGAUUCAUCUGCCUAACAUACAGUCUGCAUUAUCAUCUACACCAGUUACAAGUGGUUGUCAACGGUUAAUGCCGCAGACAGUUGAUUUAGCCUCAGAUUAUGAUAAUCUAUAUCCGAAUUCAUUUCAUACAACAAGUAAAUAUGCAUGUGGUCAGCAUUUUCAGGCUUCCAAUCGAGUUAUUAAUAAUAAUAACAACAAUAGUAGCAAUUAUGAUACUAACAAAUUAUCGUCAACAAUAGCUGUAACUAACGUUGAUUCUACUACUGGCUCUGUGAACGGUGGUGGAAGUCGACCAGCUUUUAGAAAAUUGAUUAGAGCUCAACAGCAACGUCGUCAUACCGACUGGCAUUUGUUUUCGAAUGGGGAAGAAAGUGAUGCGAUGAGUGGGUAUAUUGGUGAUGCCGCUUCAUCGGUCUAUGAUACAGGCGAUGAUGACGACAAUACCGACGAUAAUAAUAAUGCUGACUUUGACAACGGUAAUAAUAACAAGAAGAAAAGAGAGACAAAAGGGAAUAUGAACGACGUACAUAAAAACAGCUGUUAUACAUUUGAAAAUCAUAAUAAGUUACCCGUAGUUACAAAAUAUCAAAAUACUCCAGUCAUAAAUCAGUCUAAUCGAUACACAAAUGGUAGUGAUGAUGCAACCAGUGCUAGUUGUUUAAGAUUACUCAAUAAAUGUGAACCAACAUCAAUUGUCUCCAAUGAAUCUCAUUCUCCUAACAGCUGUAGCUUUAAAACUACUAAUAAAAGUAAUAAUAAUGAUGAUUCAUUUAUCAGUGAAUUGAUGCAUGGUGGAAGACAAGUCAACUCAUCGAUUCAAUCAUCAGAUAGAAGAAAUGAUCAUUUUAUGGUGGAUUGUGUUGUUACUCAACAAGAAUAUGGGCAACUCCAGCGACAACAACAGUGUAUACCACGAAUAUUGAAUCGUACUGUUAGUAUUGCUGACAGUCAUACUAGUGGCGCACGCUCUGAAUAUGAUAAUGUUGAUAAAUCGGGCUCUCAGACUGAUGAUUUCCAUGAGUCUGAAGAUAUAGAUUAUACAAUGAAUUAUACUGUAGUUCCAACUAUGAUGACAACAACAACUACUACUACUAAUACUACUGACAAACAAGUAUCUCAGUCAUCGUCGCCAGCAACAACAAAGUUAUCAACAAAUAAUAAAUUACUCUCUAAUAAUCAUAUCAGUAGUAGUAAACAGGGUUAUAACGGGGAAACAUCGCGAGUCCCAAUUACAACCAGUUCAUUUAUUCAACGACAAUAUAGUCAAAAGCAGCAUUGUCGUCAACAGCAGCAUAGUAUUUUUGAUUCACAAAUAGCAGCGGAAGCCAGACGAAUUAGUCGACAAUUCCGUGUAAUGGGUUGGACACCAGUGGUGGUUGGAGGAAAUCAACAAACACAUGCGGAUAAUUCAUCUGAUGGUGAUGAUGAUCAUGAAGAAUGUUUAAUAAAUUCUAAUGAAGUGAUGAACAAUACAAUUAUAGAUGGAAUGAAAGUGUUACCAUCUUCUAGUUUACAUCGACCCCAUUUAUUUUUACUACCGGGGAGCACUGAAAUUAAUCAUCCCCAUUCACGUCAAACUUCCCUUCAUCGCGGUGCAACUUCUCGAUAUGCUGGCGGUAGAGGUUGCAGUAGUGGUAUGGAUAGUGAAACUGUAACUACUGUUACUUCGCAAGUAGACGAUGACGAAGAUGAUGAUGAACGGCAGUUGGGUCUAAAUGAUGACGAAGAAUGUGGCAUGGACUUGAUUGAUGAUGAUGAUGACGACAAAAAUAGGUUCCCUGCGAAAUUACAAUAUCUUCAUGGUAAUGAAAAGAUACUGAAUGGUGUUUCAUGGGAAUAUGAUGUAGAGAAGUGGACAUAUCAAAAUUUUGGCGAUCCUCAACUUGGCUGUCUACUUGUCCGGCCCCGUUCACUUAGUGCAACGUGUUUAAAUAUACUGCCAGUGAUAGAUAAUUCUCAUGUUUACAACGAUGCGACAGAUGACGAUCGUGACGUUAAUGCUGGUAAAGUCAAUUCGGGAUGUAAUCUCAUGAAACUUGCCAAACUUACAAAUUCUAUCGAAGAAGACGAACGUCAUUCUUAUUCUCAGUUAAAUCGUCAACGUUAUGCAUCGUGUAAUAAUAACGAUAGCGUUACAGCUGAUCAUAAAGUUUUUAGUCCACGUUUAAAACGUUUACAAAAGCGUACUGCACAUGUACGUAAUCUGUUACCACCUGAUUUGCAUAGAUUUAUUCUUCCCGGAUGCAUGAGUUCAUUGAGUCGUUCAUCAUCUAUGUGUACAUCUAGUCAUUAUACAACUACAUCUCGUGGUCAUAAUAGUGGUCUACUCUUCUUAUCAUUAUCACGUAAAACAUCACAUCAUCCACGUUUUCAACGUCAGCGAUUAUACAAUAAUGAAGAUAAUCACGUUAAUAAUAUUAGUAAUGAUAAUAAUAAUAAUGGUACAACUGUCAAUGGAAACUAUCCUAAUAUUACUCCUGCUGCUACUAAUCAAAGUAUUAAUAUACACUCACAGUUGAAAAUACCUAAUUCAAUUCGUGUAUAUGAGCAUCAUCAUCAUCAUCAACAACAAAAUAUAUUAAAAUUUUCAAUAGAUAAUCGUAAAUGGGCUAGUGAUCCUGAUUUACAGUUAACGACUAUUUGUCAAACUAUCGAUCAUAUAGAAUAAUAAUAAUAAUAACAGUGGCAGUUAAAUGAAUACUCUCGUUCUCACUCACUCUAUCUCAUAAUAUGCAAACUAGUCAAUCUCACCUUCUUUUUUAACCGUUUUUUAACUGUUAUCAACAGCUGAAUUGUUGUUAUUUACUUGUUGCUUAUUUACCACCGGUUGUCUUUUUAACCAAAACACCUCAUAUAAACUUUUGUUUCCUUUUUCUUGACUAAAACAAUCAAUCGUUUCGCCUUUAUGUCUAAUCAUCAGGCUUCAUAAAUCCCGGUACACUAUGCCUUAUUUUAAGAUUAAUUAAUUAAUUAUCUUUUACAAAUCGAAUCUAUUAUAAAUUAUUAUAUGAUUUUGUUUGUGUGUGCAUAUAUGUUUCUUUGUACUUUGGGCAAUCGUAUUAUUCUUGUUUGUUUGGCUUUUAUGAGUCCAUUGAUGUGUCUUUUCUGAUUGGCGCUGUGGUUCAUUGUCCGCCUAGACACUCCUCGACUUCUAACCAGUAGUAGUAUUGAGUCACAGUUCUAGAACCCUGCUCCACCUACCCACCAUCAUCGACGUUUGGGCGGCCGUGAGCAAUAUUAUCAGCCUUCACACUCGUCGCCAACUGCAUGGAAAUGCAAGUGGUUGUUGAGUAACAAUAUUUAGGUUUGAGUUAUUGUUGGGUUUGUUUUUUAUACUCACUCUCGUUUUCCAAUAAUAAUAACAAUAAUAAUACUAAUAAUGUCAAUUCAUUUAUUUCUUUUUUUAUUUUGGACAACGCAAAACAACCUAUUUUCGCGUGUUUUCUACCGCUUGUUUUCAUCAGGUGGUCUUUUUGCUUGUUGCUAGUGUGUUUGUUCUUGCUACUCUCUCUCAAACACUCACUCAUUCACCGUCAUGUGUAAGUUGUGAUUUAAUAUCACAACUUCCAUUAUGUGCAAUCUCAUCUACAUAUAUUCUUUGCUGGCUAUCUAUCAUACUACAAGCAUGCAAUAUGGUUGAAAUAAUCCAUCACUCUAUACCUUGUUUUUAAUAAUAAUGAUAAGAAGAAAAAGAAAUAUCCUCAAAAGUCAUUUUAACUACUUAUUCAUCCUUUGUUAGUAGUUUACAACGAUGCAUCUGUUUUUAUUUUCGUGGUUCUCUCAAACUCAAUUUGAUGCACUACGUUAGCGAUAUUUAUACCUCAUAAAUAAUUGGCUAAAGGAAACAAAUUGCAUAUUAUGGCAAAAUUUCUUCAUGCUAUUAAAAUUUCAAACCUUUUAAAGACUGAAAUGGAAGGACUUCCUCUUUGUUUUUUGAAGCAAAUCCCAACAAGUUAUCUUUUGUUCUCUAGGAAUUUAUAUUUCUUUCGCAGUAGUAACUAGUGCAUCACAAAUUUGUACAUUUAGUUCACUUUUUGUUUGGUUUUUUGUGCAUUAUUGCUUUAAUUCAGUGAAUAAAUAUUUAUUAAGUUUUAUUAUUAUGAUUUUUAAUGUUAAUAGUCACCUUAACGUUGUUUGACACUUCCACUUCUCUCCGUUGACGAUUGUUUGCGUGUUUUGAAUGGACACUAGGUAGUAACUAAUGUCAUGUGUCUAGCUUUUGGUUUCAUCGUGGUUACAGAUACGCCUUGCUGACAAGUGUCAAAAAGCAUGAAAUCUAAGUCAAAGACUUCUUGUCGAUCGCCUCCAAUCAUCUGUCAUUGUUUGCGUGUAGAAUGUAAAGCAUCACAUAAUUUCAUAAGAAUUUCUUUAUUGGAUAUAUCACACAGUGAAACAGUAUUACUUACUGGACGACAAGGUUUUGAACACCAUCUGUUGCUCUGAAUCGUAUCAGUUGUCACUUGAUAGCUUCGAAACUCGAGUUUUAUAGUUUAGUUCUUCCAGUUCGUCAUAGAGGUAGUGGAAUUUUCCAGAUGUUCUGGUGGACAGGCGUUGAAUCAUUCCUAUCGCAUAUAUUCUCGGCUGAUUUUAUAAAUAAAGCUUCUGUUAUUAAUCUCUGCACCCCCACCCUGUUAUACUAGAUUUUAAAACUAUCAUCUUAUCCCAUCCUAUUGUAUGGUUGUAUGUAACUGCGCGUAACGAUCUGGCUGCAUGUUUUGCAUUUCUUAUCCUCUUAGAGUCUAAUGGUCUGGUCCAAUUGUUGUAAAUAUAUUUGUGGAUAAGUGGGGGAAGUAAGCUACUGAAAUAUCCUGCCCUGUUUCCAAAGUCUGCAGAUAACACACUGACAUUCCUAUAAAAAUACAAUGUAUAAAUAGGCUUGAUGAACAAACGAUUUCAACAGUGGAUGCAUUUCACUUUACUUAGGAGUUGGAAAGUCACGAUGAGAAGUUAAACACUAGUUUUUACAGAAGGCCUGUCCCUAUAUUCAAUCCAAUAUUUGGACUUCGGU